UGUGGGGACACUGAUGCUGCCGUGUCGUGUGUGGCAAGAGGCACUGCAGGGCUGCUGGGAAUGGUGUGGACCCACAUGGAAACCACCCUGCUCCUUGUCCCAGAGUGUGCUGGGAUGGGAAUCCCUGCCUCCAGCGCAGUGCCAGCCAUAGGGACCGCGAUGUGGGGCACAGUGUGGGGCUGGCACCGUGGCAUGCUCUGACCAGCGAGGCUCCCAUCACUCUUCCCACCUCCAGGUGAGUGAGGUGCCCUUUCCCCCCGGUCCUGCUGGCUGCAGUGCUGGGUCUGCCCAUGUAGGACCCCAUCCCAUCCCGGGGGUAAACCAGUCCCGGGGCCACCCCGCCGGCAGCGCUCUCCCGGCGAUGGCCCCAGCGUGGCCGGAUCCGCGGCCCCCCGGCAGGAAUGUGCCUCCCGCCCGCCGGGACAGCUUCCUCUUUUGCAACUACUUAAGGCUGGCUCCUGCAGCGGACCUGGCAGCAGCCGGGACAUGGAGCGCAUGGAUGUGACCGAGACCUUCUCCGGCAUCUCCCUGCCGGGGCACCUCCACACGCAGGAGUCUCUCAGCUUCGCCGUCACCUUCCCGUUCCGCCCCACCGACGUGGUCAUCGCCACCUACCCCAAGUCAGGCACCACUUGGAUGCAGGAGAUCCUGACGCUGCUCUUCAGCCACGGGGACGUCCUCCCGGCCAAGACCAUCCCCAACUGGGAGCGGGCGCCGUGGCUGGAGCAGGUCUACUUCAGGGAGGCCCUGCAGGACCUGCAGGACACGGCUGCGUGCAGGCUCAUCACCACCCAUCUGCCCGCCCGCAUCCUGGCCCCUGCCCUGCAGCACAGCAAGGCCAAGGUGAUCUACGUGGCCAGGAACCCCAAGGAUGUCGCUGUUUCCUUCUACCACUUCCAUCGCCUGGCCAAGUUCCUGCCUGACCCUGGAUCCUUCGACAGCUUCCUCACGCAGUUCCUCGAGGGCACAGGACCUGCGUGGCACCGCACAGCGGCUCAGCGCCUUCCUGGGCUGCCCACUGGAACUGGAGACGCUGGCAGCCCUGGAGCAGCACUGCAGCUUCACCGCCAUGCGCGACAACGCCAUGGCCAACUACUCCCUCAUCCCCAUCGAGAUCAUGGACCACAGCCAGGGAUGCUUCAUGAGGAAAGGCGUUGUGGGGGACUGGAGGGACCACUUCUCCCCGUGGCAAAACGCGCUCUUCAACCGCCUCUAUCAGGAGGAGAUGGGUGACCUGGAGCUGCCCAUGCGCUGGUCCAUGGCCUGAUGGGCUUUGGGGAGCCAGGGGGUUCACUGCACCAUGACACUGGCCCCCUGAGCCCUGCUGAAGGGGAUGCAGCCUGCAUGGGGACCCCCCCCCCCCAAGCCCCAUGCACAGCCCCAGGGACCGGAGCUGGGGGUCUGUUGUUGGGGGGGCUGUCUGCAUGGCAGCU